AUGGAUGAAGUGAAGCUGCUUGGAACAUGGCCAAGUCCUUUAUAUUAUAGAGUUGUUUGGGCCUUGAAAUUCAAAGGUAUAGCAUACAAGUUCAUAGAAGAUUUGACCAACAAAAGUCCCCUUCUUCUCCACUAUAGUCCAGUUCACAAGAAGAUACCAGUAUUGUUACAUGGAGGAAACUCAAUUUGUGAGUCUAUGAUUAUUCUUGAAUAUAUCCAACAGAUUUGCCCACAAAAUUCUUUGCUUCCAACUCAUCCUUAUGGUAGAGCCGUCGAUCAUUUUUGGAUUAAAUUUACCGACGAAAAGGCUCCAGCAAUAUGGAUGGGUUUUAGAAGUAGUGGAGAAGAACAAAAGAAGGCGGUUGAGGAUAGCCUGGAAAUGCUACAAAUGAUUGAAGAGCAUGCGGUUGGAAUGAAGUCAUUGUUUGGGGGAGAUGAGAUUUACAAGGUGGAUAUAGCUUUUGGUCAACUUAUGUGGUUACAAUUGAUUGAAGAUGUAACAGGUGUUAAGCUACUGGAAGCUACCAAUUUCCCUCGUUUACAAAGAUGGUUCCAUAACUUCAAACAAGUCCCGGUAAUCAAAGCAAACCUCCCUGAUUACCAACACAUGUUUGGUUUCUUCAAGAGGAGCAGGGAAAUACCAUUCCAUUCCCACUCAUUGCUUUGUAAAUGUAGAAAUCAGCUUUUGAAAGCUGCACUCACUUGA